GGACAUCGACAAAGUGGACGACUUGAUGUCCGAAAUCACCGAACAGCAGGACAUCGCCCAGCAGAUCUCGGAUGCCAUAUCUAAGCCAGUCGGCUUCGGGGACGAUGUAGAUGAGGACGAGCUGCUGGCUGAACUGGAAGAGAUGGAACAGGAAGAUCUGGAUAAGGAGCUUCUGAAUGUUGGGGAGGCCAGCCCGGAGCUCCCCAAUAUCCCCUCUUCUCGCCUCCCCAGCGUGCCAGCUUCCAAAGUGCCAUCGGCCUCCCUGGAUGAGGAAGACGAGGAAAUGAAACAGCUUGCCGCCUGGGUGUCGUGAUGCAUUGUGGGAAAUUCCUCCCCUUCCUCGCCUCCCUCGGUUUUUCUUCGAAGAAAUAGGCAGAGACGGAGAGGAGGACCAAUUUUCUCCCCUCCGGUUUCCAGGGCCAGGAAAGUCACGGGGAGGGGCGGUGGUGGUGGGGGGGAGGAGGACGAAAAAAAGGGGAGGGCCAGAAGUCACACCCACACCCUGCCUAAAAAUGACCUUACGUGCCGAAUGUAAAGAGUUUUAUAGACAGAUUUAUAUAAAUAUAUCUAUAUAUCUAUAUAUCUAUAUCUACAAUAUAGAAAAGGAGCCUGUUUCCGGGAGGGAGGGGUGUCGUGGCUUAAAAGACCUCCCUCUCCGCCCCCCCCCAGAUGAAGACUGAAUCUUGAAAUCAUCUAGAGAUUAACUUUCUUUCUUUUUUUCAGUUUUCCCCCCAAAAAAGAAAAAAUACAGGAUUUUUGUCGGGCUCUGAAAGAGCGGACGGCGUGACACACGCAAACACAGCCCGAAAAAUGAAGUUUUUUGGGGAAAAAAACAAAUUCUUGAGCGUUUUUGACCCUCUGUUCUUGUCGUUCGCUGUCUGGCUAUCUGUCCGAUUUUGGGGCGUUGACUGUCGGUCCCUCUCUCCUUUUGGGGAAGUGGGUGUCCGCUUUGUCUGUUGCCAAACAUAUCAAUACACCC